GGAACCAGUCGCGCGGUGUCCUACACGUCGCGUCGGUCGCCGUCGUCGGCGUGGGUGCCCGCUUCCAAGAUGGCGGCGGCAGCGGCAGUGACUGGCGUCCUGGGCCGGGCGGGCUGGAGGCUUCUGCAGCUGCGUUGCUUACCUGUGUCCCGCUGCCGACCGCCCCUGGUACUGCGUGCCUUCCACGCUUCAGCUGUGCAACUAAGGUCUUCAGAGGAGCAGAAGCCACAACCUUCCCCUUCUGUUUCUGAGCAGCAUUCUGAGACACAGGGGACAGAAAAACCCAAUGCAGAAUCUUCUCGCCCACCCCCCAGGUACACAGACCAGAGUGGCGAGGAGGAGGAGGACUAUGAGAGUGAGGAGCAGCUACAGCACCGCAUCCUGACAGCAGCCCUGGAGUUUGUGCCUGCCCAUGGCUGGACAACAGAGGCAAUUGCCCAGGGAGCCGAGUCUCUGGGUCUCUCCAGUGCAGCAGCCAGCAUGUUUGGGAAUGACGGCAGUGAGCUGAUACUGCACUUUGUGACCCAGUGCAACGCUCGGCUUACCCGCAUUCUAGAAGAGGAGCAGAAGCUGGUGCAGCUGGGCCAGGCAGAGAAGAGGAAGACAGACCAGUUCCUGAGGGAUGCAGUGGAAACCAGACUGAGAAUGCUGAUUCCAUACAUUGAGCACUGGCCCCGGGCCCUCAGCAUCCUCUUGCUCCCUCACAACAUCCCGCCCAGCCUAAGCCUGCUUACCAGCAUGGUGGAUGACAUGUGGCAUUAUGCUGGGGACCAGUCCACAGACUUUAAUUGGUACACCCGCCGAGCUGUGCUGGCUGGCAUCUACAACACAACAGAGCUGGUGAUGAUGCAGGACUCAUCCCCAGAUUUUGAGGACACAUGGCGCUUCCUGGAAAACCGGAUUAAUGAUGCAAUGAACAUGGGCCACACUGCCAAGCAGGUGAAGUCCACUGGAGAGGCUCUUGUGCAAGGACUCAUGGGUGCAGCAGUGACACUCAAGAAUCUGACAGGUCUAAACCAGCGCCGGUGAGAGGAAGGGGAAUACACCAAAGUGCUUGAAAGAAAACCAGCGAGGAGAGUUAAGAGGAUUUGAGAAGUAUGAAGCAUCAGCCAUGGAGUAGGAUGUUAAUGAGCACACACUGAAGGACUCCAGAGUCACUCCCACAGCUACCUGGACACCGCAGAGCACUUGAUGAUUUGGUUCUGGCCUAGCACUGGUCCACCUCUUCAGUUUCUGAUAGCAGGCCCUGGCCUUCUGAUGCCUAUCUGUACUGCAGCUACAUGAUUGAAAAACGAGAUGCAUCCAAGCCACAGAAAACUCAGCAUGCCCCAUCGUGGUCUCACAGGCACCCUGAUCAUGGCUUAGCUAUUUUAGACGUGCUCUCUGGGCCCCCAAGACAGAGGAAAGGUCUGAAGCUGCCACAGGAUGUCAGCUCAUCCCCAGCACAGCACAGGCAUGAACACAGUUCUCUGCUGCUGGCUUGAGAGGCUACUCCUGCAGAUCCCCUCAGAAAGCUGCCUCAUCUGGACAGGUCCCUGUUGGACAGUGUUGUGAUUCCAAGCCUAGCAUCACAUUACGCCAAAAUGCAUUGAAGAGUUAUCGGUGUAUUUAGGAUCUAUAAAGAAUAAUAAAUGUGUUUGAAGCAGUUGCCUA